UUUGCCACUUCCGGUUAGACAGAAAAGCAAAUACCGUGUAGAGCAGGUGAAAUUGUACGAGAAUAACAUGUCGGUGCGUGUUCACGGAGUCGCUUAUCAUCCUUAUUCGGUUCAAUUCCCGUGGCAUUGACAGGUUGAAAAGGCCCCUGCAGCAGUUUGCAGGAUGAUCUACAUCAUCAUGGGGGUGUCAGGCUCUGGGAAAAGCUCUCUAGGAGCCUUCCUAUCGGAAAAGUUGGGUUGGCCUCUACACGAAGGGGACAACUACCACCCGGAGGAGAACGUGGCCAAAAUGGCUCGAGGAGAAGCCCUCACGGAUCAGGAUCGAUUCCCUUGGCUUCUCAGAUUACAUGACGUCAUCGAAAGAGAAAGGCGUUCAGGCUGCAAUGCGCUGGUGGCGUGCUCCGCCUUGAAGCCCAUCUACAGAUUCAUCCUCCUCCAUGGCUCCAAAGACCUCCCCUCUUCCUCUUCAUCUUCACCUCCAGGACCUCUUCUUCCCACCUCCCUUCCAGAUGUCUUCUUCCUCUUCCUGCACGGAGCCUACGAUGUCAUACACCAAAGGAUGGUGGCCAGGACGGGACACUACAUGAAGGUAGAUCUGCUGGAAUCACAGUUCGAGGCUUUGGAGCCACCUCAUGAGCAGGAGAAUGUGGUUCUUCUGGAUGUCAGGAGGAGCAUACCUGACAUAGCCAUGGAGGUGGAAAUGCACCUCAGGAACCACAAGAAUUCUCAGAACUAAAGGCACAAAGGCGGAGUAAUAAAGGAAGGAUAAAAAGAGAAAAACUUUAUUGGGCAUUUAGUUUUUGUACACUUUGUUCUUCUAAUAAAGUUAUCUGGUUUUUUGUAUUUAA